GAGGGUGAGGAAUUACAAGAGGUGAAAGUGGGUGUCGGCUUCUGCCUUGGGGUUGGGAUUCUGAUAGUGCGAGAAUUCAGUGUCGGACGUGUGGCUCUUAUUGUACUUGUGUUUUUCUUUGUUUUAUUCAAUCAAUGCCAAUUAGAAAAUAGUGAUAUCACCAUGAAAAAAGGCUACAAAGUCACUGAUGUAAAAAGAGAAAAGAAAAUAGGCAUCGCCGCCGAAAAUUUGGAAGAGUUGAUUGAGAAAUCUCGUCAUAAAUUGGGCUUCAAUGUCAGUUGCGCGGAUUGCCGCCUAUUCGUGGCCGAGGACGGCACGAGGGUUGACGAUGACGACUAUCUGGAGUCUCUGCCAUCUCAGACUCUGUUCAUACUGCUGAAGAGAUCCGAGAAAAUGGUAACUGACUUUGAUUACUUCUACAACAUGAUUCGAUCCACGAAGAAGGACUAUAUAGACACAGGGGAGGCUGCCAAGGAGUUCCUUAGCAGCAACAUCAAGGAGAAGUUUAAGACCUUCCAAAAGUACAUCGCAGCAGCCGACGAUGCUCGCACCAUGCUCAGUGAACGAACUCAGGAUCCACAAUGGUUUGAAGGUUUAGAGCCAAAUGAAAAAACCAAAGAGCAGUCUAUGUCGAAACGUGUUAAAGACAGAAUGAGAGGGUACUACUAUAAAACAAAGACUGCUUUGCAAUCAUCCGAACUCUACAUAAAUUCUAAAAACGGAAGAGGUAAGAAGCUGAUUGAGCAAUUCCUAACAGACUUGCGCAAGCUACUUGAGAGUAGCAAGUAUAAUGACACAUAUUUUAACAGGAAAGCAUGUAAGAACGCUCGUCUCUGCGAUGAAACAGGUCUCUUUCAAUGUGGGGGACUCUGGAAUAAGAAUGAGUGUGACUAUGAAGAACAACAUGUUAUAAACCCUUACAGGAGCAGGGAAGAAAGGAUUAUAUUCCAGACUUGGAAUUUAGAUCAUAAAAUCGAGCUGUCAAGGUCCAUUAUCCCAAAAAUAUUGGAGGCUAUUGAAGCUUUGUACAGUGGCAAUGUAAUAUGCAAUACUUGCGAGAAUGAUUACCGACUGGGUAAUAUCGAAACUGACAGAUAUUACCUGCAAAUAUUUACAAGGAAGAACCUUAAGUUGGUGCAUAUAGUGUGCCACUACAAGGGGAAGCAUGACGCGGAGUCAGAUGUGUACACCGUGUGCAAGAAAUGCUUUGGCGCCCAGAGCAUUGAAUAUAGCGGUUGAAUAUUUGUAAUGAAAUCUAUGGUCCUGCUGUGCUAUGAGCUAGAUUAAAUAAAAUUAAACUUGAAAAACAAAUUGACAUGCAACUUUUAUCAACACAAAGGCGCAUCGAAUUCGACCCUUGUCUAGCUGAGCACAGAGGACCAAAUCUUAUAUUAGUAGUACUAUCUUACGUUAAUAGAGAAAAAAACUAUUUAUCAAAGUUGCUAAAUAUUUACAUAUAAAUAUUUCGCCGCGUUUUUCCUGCUACUGUAGAAAUAACAACCUGUGAUAGGAUUUAAUUAUAAGAACUCUUAAGUACUCGUAUUUAUCAAUCUUAUUUUUUUAGUGUUGUGCCAAAGAUCGUAUUUUCUAUCUUUUACACUAUUUCGCUAAGUUUUAUGUAAAGGAUAUCUUGUUCUAUUUACCACAUAAUAUAUGUUUGUGGGAUCUUUUUAUAUAUUUUAGCAGAUUUACUAUAUUUUUUUAUCAUACAUCAAGCUAGCCGAAAAGGUUUUCUUGUUGGUCUUGAUACUAACUUGAACAUUAAUUUACAAUCUGUCUCGAGUCUAAAGAGAAAAUAAAUCAUCUUGACCCAAUUGGGAAUCGAACCCAGUUUACUAUUUAAUCUUAACGUAUCCAUUAAAUAUAAGAAAGUAGUAUGAAUAUCAUAGUAGCCUUUUAUGGUAGUGAUUAUUUACAAUACAUUGUUAAUGUUGUUAUUAGAUAAAACAAUUUUUCUAUUCCUUGUUUACAUUCCUCCCUUCAUAAUAAGAUAUGACGCAAAUCGUAUCUCAUAUAAAUAGCAUAUUUUUAUGUUCUGUAAGCUUUGUCAAAGGGAAACCAAAAAAGCUCUGACAAAGCAUACAAACUACUCGUUUUAGAAAAUCACUACGGUCAAUCAGUUUUGAAAUAUGACGGGAGAUAUGUAUCUCAUCUAUAUUUAUCAUAAAACUGUAACUGGACUUUGUCUGUCUGUACAUAGAAGAUAUUAAUGAAAAAUAAA